AUGUAUUUAGUAGGAGGAAAGUAUAAGAGUGGAAUACUCUUUGCAAACUUUAACCAAGAUUUUAGUUGUAUAUCAGUUGGUACACCUGAAGGUUUCAAAAUCUUUAAUUCAGAACCUUAUUCCCUAGUUUAUAAUCAAUCAAAUGGAGGUGCAGGUAUGAUUGAAAUGUUAUUUUCAACUAGUUUGGUAUCAAUUGUUGGUUCAGGUGAAGGAGGAUCAUCACAAAGAAGAUUAUUGAUUAAUAACAUAAAGACUGAUACAACCAUUUGUGAUUUAAACUUUGUAACAACCAUUCUUGCUGUAAAAAUGAAUAGAAAAAGAUAA